AGUUGCUCAACCCUGUUUAAGUUAGUAUAAAGUCAGUGGGAGAACUUAAAAAAAAGACGAUCUAGUCGCCUUUUUUGUUGCCCCUAUUUUCGCUCUUUUGUCAAUUCUAAGACCGCAAUGCUGGACAACCUCGUGGAAUUCGCCAGUUACUGGUGGUUUCGAUACCUCAUGGUCACCGAAUUGUACAUGGUAGAAAAGUGGGAGCGGAUAACGAUACACGUAAUUUUUAUGGUGCUCUUCUGCGUGUUCUGGUACUUCAACUACUCCGUCCUCCUCUCCCUGGCCGGAUUAAUUGGUCCCAGUGCCACCAUGGCGGACAUAAUGCCCGGAGUUCAGGGGCAAGGCCUCAAGGUCACCUAAAAUCGUCUCCGUUCCAUCUUUAUCCAAACAAUCCGCUAAGUAUCUGAAAAUAUGCCUCGCCGCGCUACUUUAUCUUAUCCGCACGCGUUAAUUCACCCGCAAUCAGUCAAUGGAACGAAGAAUACCGACCGGGAGGCCUAUUCGACAUAUGUACAUAUGUCCAAAAGUGGCGAUCUAAUCGUCUGCUGAUCCGAAUCUGAAGUGGACAACACCCGGCGGCUGUCCAUCAACAGCUGCCUCACCGUUUAAUGUAGUUAUCUAGAUGUAGUUACACUUUAAAUACCAGUAAAUAAAUGUAACGCUUACACAAUUGCACUGUAAAAUAGUUUAAAGAAAUGAUAAACACAAUUGAA